AUGGGUGAAAUGAGCCACCAGCUUCCGGGAGGACCUUCGUUAGGAGAAAGGGUCACCGAGGCAGGAUUUGAAUGGAGAUCAAUUGCAGAAAAUAUUGCAGCAAAAGUAUCCGAUGUAGAUGAUGUGAUGCAGGCAUGGAUGAACUCGCCAGGGCAUCGACAAAACAUCCUUGGGUCUUUUGAAUAUUUCGGUGCAGCACAGGCACCACAAACGAGUGCAUGCGAAUCUAUUGCGGCUAUUAAAGAAUUAAAGUUAAUUAUUUGA